ACAUAAUUCUUUUGAAUAUAUCCAAAAAACAAAAGCAACAAGAACAAGAUCCAACAAAUUUGUAUAUAACAAAUUUGCCACCAUAUUUCAAAGAGACUGAUUUAGAGAAAAUGUUAUCCAAGUACGGGCAUGUGGUAUCAACCAAAAUCUUAUGUGAUGCACAAAUGAAUUCAAGAGGUGUGGGCUUUGCACGCAUGGAGAGUCGUGAGAAAUGUGAACAGAUUAUACAGGUUUUGAAUGGUACUACAAUACCGGGUGCUAAUGAUCCAUUGGUGGUGAAAUUCGCCGAUAGUUGUUCGUCGGCUAAAAAGAAUUUAUUGAAGGCACGAGAUCCCAAUAAUCGCUCACGUCUGGAUAUAUCGGCCGGAACCACAGGUAUGGAAAGUAUACCUGUGACCCCUGAUCCAGGGGCUCAGCAAAAUGGUAGUACAGCUGGCUAUACUCGUUUUGGUACACCCCAAAUAGGUAGUUAUCCAUUGGCUAGUUCUCCCUGGAUACCCGGCUAUAUGAUGGCAGCCGCGGCCACACAGCCAGCUACGGCCUUCGAAAAUCAGUAUUUACAAUUGGCCUCCUCGCCACAACAUUUGAGUGUUUCUCCUUAUAAGCCGGAUUUGGUAAAUGCCUUACAGGCUCCGGGCAUGUAUUUGAAUGGUUCAGAGGCUGUUAUGCAAUAUGGUGCUAUGAUGGGUCCACCCAUGGGACCUUUACAGUAUAUAAGCCCUACAUAUCCCUAUUAUGCUCCAGCACCUCCUAUGAUUCCUACCAUGUCUUUAACAGAUUCUACAGAUCAAACAUUGAGUACUGCAGCUUCGCCUAAUGGUGCUGCCUAUACGCAAUUCUUACAUCCCUUAGCACCCAAGUAGAUAAAUUUACUAUUAAGUUCUGUCUAAUUCAAAAAACCAGCGGAAGUGUAGUAAGAAACCAAAACAUUUUUCCAAUUUUUUGUGUUGAAAAAAACUUAAAAUUUAAGAUUUAAAAUAAAAAACAAGAAAAAAAACGCUUUUUGUGGAAAAAUAUUUAAAAAACAAAAAAAAAAAAAAUAUAAUAUAAAAAGAAAAAAAAUUCAGCAAUUAAGGCAUUUUUUACAUGAAUUCCAUUAAACAAACAAGUUGGCAACCUUGUUUUAAACGCGGGUGAUGUUAAGAUUGAUUGAUCGAGCGUAAACAUUUUUUAACCCAACAAACAUUUUUGUUUUCAACUGAAGACAAUCCAGUCGGGGAAAGAAUCUAAUGAAUAAAAACCAGUAAAGAAGUAAAAAAAAUUAAAAAUU